GAGGUGCCGACGCUGCGUCAGCUCUGGUCGCGGGAGCAGCAGGUCCUGGUCUCCUACGAGGACGAGAGCUCCGUGGGCCGGCACCGUGAGCUGUGGCCGGGCAUCCCCUACUGGUGGGGGAACAAGGUGAAGACAGAGGCGCUCAUCUGCUACCUGGAGUCCAUGAAGAGCUGCGGCCGCCCAGGCGGCUUAUUCGUGGCGGGCAUCAACCUCACGGAGAACCUGGGGUACAUCAUGGCGCAUCCGUCUCGGUCCCUGCGGGACAUGACGCUGCCCAACCUGCCGCGCCUGUGCGCGUGGGUCCGGGAGCAGUGCCCGGGGCCCGGCCCGCGGUGCACCAGCAUCAUCGCAGGUGACUUCAUCGGCGCAGGCAGCUUCGUCAGUGAUGUCAUCGGACUCAACCGGAAGCUGCUGUGUUCCUGAGCUGUUCCCCCUGGAGUCCGGCAUCGGUGGUUGAAGUCAGUCCUGCAAGUUCUGCCACGGUUUGGGCUGAAUGCAGGUGACCACAGGGCCUGUGAUGUCGACUCUGUCUCCUCAUGUCUGUGUCCUCCAUGCUGCACCAUCGGGGGUCCUGCAGACCCAGGGAGAGCCUGUACGCCUCCUCCCCAGGGCUAUCGGAUUCCUAAAGCCAGUGACAACCGCGUGGCUGUGAGCAUCCCUCUCGCACGAGCCAGCAUUUCCCCAACCCGGAGUCACCCUGUGAGCUGAAAUCCCGCGGACGCAAGCAAGACACCAGCGCUGGCGUCCUCGUGGGAGACGUGCUUCCCGCUUCUGCACAGGCUUUGCUCCACAUCUGAGCCGCUGGUUCAAGUUCUUAGCCAAGCCGUGGGUCCCGGACGUGCCUGUUCCUUCCCACCCUCCUCGGGGGGCGCCUGAGAAGUCUCGUGUUCGUACCUCCCGUGCUGCCGCAGGACGGCAGGUGUUGGGGUUCUUGGGACAGCCUUGGAAGGGACCGUCUAACCCAUGUUGGAAUGUGCUCGGCUUGGGAGCGAAUCUGCUGUUUUCCAAAACAAAAUCUGCUCAUAGUUUGGUACCUGGUGGCCGCGGUUAAAGCAAGGUGCCUGAAAUCCGGAAAGACAAACGCCUGGGCCGCGUCCCAUCGGCUACGUCAGACCUGUGACUGCUGGUCGAGCCAUCCAGGGAGAGCUCUGGUUAGGGUCAGGGUCAGGGUCAGGGUCAGGGUUAGGGUUAGGGUUAGGGUUAGGGAAGGACAUGCCGGAGAUGAAGGAAGGUGUUUAAGGAUAUAUCGGACAUCAUGGCCUUGUGUCCCUGUCCACUCACAUCACGAUCCCAUGGAGUCCGUGUCAGGAGUUAUUCACGUGAAUCGUUCAGAGAAUUAAAAGACACAAAACCCAAACGUGUUUAUGGACUUUGUUACCACGUAAACCACCGAGGUGCUUCCGGGAGCUUUCUGGGUAACGUACGGGAAGGAUCUUUAGAAAACGCUCGAGCACUUAUUUAAGGGCAGAGUUUUUAAAAAAUCAGACUGUGCCUCUUUCCUCUUCGGUUUGUUUUUGCUGUAACGAUGCAAGGACUGGAGGCAGGUUUUGAGUUUCGUCAUGUUUUAAGCU